AUGACGAACCAGACUCCAGACAAUAAUCCGUUCGCCAAGCGAGAGUCGCAUGACAGGUUCUCGCUCGGAACCUAUCGCGUUCUCGUCCCUUUAUCGUGGGCGCUCGUCGUGAUCGUCGGCAUUUAUUAUUCCAGCCAUGCCCCCGAUGUCAAGCACGGUCAUACCAUCUGGAAGCAGGCCAACAAGCAUAUCACCCCCUUUAGCUUGAGCACUGUCAUUGGUGGUAUCUAUUGGGUUAUUGUACUCCUGUCCCAAGUCGGUUAUGUGUAUCACCUCUUUUCCAAUGACGCUGUAGUGGCCACUGCCGCUGCCAAUGUGGGAUCGCACUUCAUCCUGAAUAACUUGUUCAUCUUUGCUUGGAUUCUCCUGUGGACCCGCAACCACUUCUGGGGCUCAGAGAUCAUUCUGAUCGCACACUUCUUGAAUCAAAAGACGACCUACUGGCGGCAUCGUACGCUUCCAUCUAUCUCGCACUUUGCCGUCGUUGCAGCGCCCUACGCCUGGACUUUGAUUACGCUGUUCUGGAACGGAGCUGUUGCAGUGAACAGCAACAGCUUGCCGGCCCGGAUCGUUGCUAAUGUGUUCAUCUGGGUGCUUUUCGCAUUGGGCUCGGCGCAUAUCUUAGCCACCCAGGAUGACAUUCUGGGCUACAGUCUGAGUUUCUUGACGCUGGCAUUGGCCGUCAAGCAAUUUGGCGUCAAGAUAAUUUCCCUGCAGUGGAUCUUCGCCAUUGUCAUCUUUGCGGUCUUUUUCGCUGAGUCCAUCUAUAUUACGUUGACGAGGUACUCCGGUCGCAAUGUCUUCCUCCGCAGGGCUGAGCAGCCAGCGGCCACAGACCGCGAGAGGGAGCCUCUGCUCAACGAACCAGCACAGUCCGCCUAA